CUUUCUCUCUUCAGCUGCCGAUAAUAUAAAUACUGAGAAGCAGCGAACCGUUUUCCAUUCAUUUUUCUCAAACAACAAAACACAACACACACAGACACACCUUUGAAGAAUCUGAUGCAGUCCUUAUAGAACCAUAGUUUAGUUCUCAUCAUUUAACACUUAUUUUCUAGUUUAUAGAUACACAGUGGAGGCUGAAGCAAACAACAUUUCUUGGAUUCUUCAACCAUGGCAGAUGAUCAAUUUCAGGCAAGUGGAAACUGGUGGGACACAGCAAGGAACGUCAGGUAUGAAAGCGGGGCGUCACAGUCAUCUUCCUCUGCCAUCACCAACAUAGCAAACUAUGCUUGGCAAGCUUCAGAUAUGGCAGACAUGAAGCCAAGGUCUUCCAUGGAUUCUUCUUCUGUGGUUUUUCAUGACUCACAGAAUAAGCUUCAACCCCCAGAUUCUACAACUUCCACUGACCCCAACUUGCAUAUGAUGGGUCUAGGCCUCUCAUCCCAAGCCAUGGAUUGGAAUCAAGCAUCUUUGUUACGAGGAGAGAAGGGUACGGAGAAUAGUUUCAGAUCGAUGUUGCAAGAGAACUUGAGCUCAUCAAGAACAAAUUUUCAGCAAGAAACUGGGGUGGAGUUGUCUCAACAAGUUCAAUGGAGGUCAGAGAAGAUGUUCUCUACAGAAUCUUCAACGAAUGAGUUCAAGCAAGUGAAUAGGGGUUUCUCCUUGGAUCAAAGCAAGUUUAGUCCACAAUAUAGUUCUGGGGACAGCACAGUGACAAGCCAAGGGUUACCCUCUUCUAACUUUCAGAUGGAUUCCUCAGCCUUAUAUGGGACCCCUUCAAUAUUGCAAGGACUAUUGGGACCUGAUCACAAUAACCAACAACCUUCUUCCUUUGAGAACCGCUCCAUGAGUUUUCCAUACCCAACAACCUAUGGAUUAAACUCUAACAAUGAACUCAUCCCUUCCUGGUCCAAAGUUCCUCAAUUUUUGAGAGGUUCACCUCCAAAACAACCACCCAAUAACCAGUUGCAUUUCACUAACAACGCACCCUUUUGGAACGCUUCUGAGGCUGCAAACUUCAAAGAUGUUCGGUCCAGCUUCUUCCCUUCAUUGCAACCCCCCUUCUCUACGCCAAAUUUCGAAGUACAGUCUAAGAAUAUAUCUGAAGUUAGGGAGUCUGGUACUGUGGGAAAGAAAAGUGGGAAUGAGCCAGCACCCAAAAGGACCCGUAACGAAACACCAUCUCCUAUGCCAGCUUUUAAGGUGAGAAAAGAGAAGAUGGGGGACAGAAUCACUGCACUCCAACAAUUGGUGUCGCCUUUCGGAAAGACUGAUACAGCCUCAGUGCUCUCUGAAGCCAUUGAAUACAUCAAAUUCCUCCACGAACAGGUCACUGCCUUAAGUACACCGUAUAUGAAAACUGGAGCUCCAAUACAGAUUCAACAGAAUUCUGGUAAAUGUAAGGAAACUGAGGGUCCAAAGCAGGAUCUAAGAAGCCGAGGGCUAUGCUUGGUGCCUGUUUCAAGCACAUUCCCAGUAACUCAUGAAACAACAGUGGAUUUUUGGACACCAACAUUCGGAGGAGUUUCCAGAUAGCAAUAAUAAUAAGGGUAAAAUGUGUUUUAAGUCUGAAAAUUUUUGAUGAAAAGAUGUUUUAGUCCAUAUUUUUUAAAGAAGGAUUGUGGUCUUUGUGCUUUUAUAAUUGAUGAAUUUCAUCUUGUUUGUGAAACCUAUAUAUAUGGUUGAAAGUGAGGGAUGAAAUUCAGUAAUUAUAAAAGUAUUUGGAUGGAAAUUAAAGAAGUUAAAACACAUUUUGCCCUAAUGAUUAUAAUAAUAUAGAUGGAUGGAGAGUUGGGACACGGAACCAAUAUCCUGCAAGUAGGUAGCUAGGACAUGCAUGUACCUUGUCACACACCUGGCCAAGUUGGGAAUGAUAUGAUGAAAGAAAAGAGAAACAAGAAAGAGGACACGGAAGCCCACAUAAAUAUGUAAAGGUAGUUAGUUCUGCUGGAGAGUGGAAAAGAUGUAUAAAAAAGAGAAGGGAGAAAAUGUGUUUGAAAGAGAAAGAAAGGGAAAUGACCCUUCAAAAGAUAGCCAUUGUUGGACCAACUACAUUCAGAAUUAUGCAGUGUUUGGGAAAUAUUGGGACCAUUGGGAGCAGAAUAAGUUGUUGUAAUAAUUGCAGAAUUGUGCUUAGAAUAGUGGGAUUAAUUAAGCAUGACAAAAAUGCUGAAUAUACUGAAAAUUCUUACUUCCAAGACUAAACAAGAGGGAGAGAAAUUUUUGUUAUAGCAGAGAUAAAGGAGCUUUAUUAUUUGUUGUUGCUAUAUUGUGAAUAGAGCUGGCACUACCUACCUUUAACUCAAGAGAAAAAGGAAUUUUAAUUGAGAGAAUCAUUGGAGUAUAGAACACAAGAGUGAGUGAAGGGAUGCGUCAUUUGAUUGGAAACCUCACUUUUUAUUUGUUUAUGUCUUUGGAAUAAGUAAGUGGAAGUCAGAAGCUGGCCCACACUCCCCCUUUUAGGGUUUUUAAUUUUUUUUCAAAUCAAAUGUUUUAUUUUUCUCAAAGAUUAAUUAGAUAUUUAUGUGUUGAAGAUGCUUUUUCACAUGCUUUUGUGCUUUAUACCGAAUGGCCACAUAGAUGGCCUUCCAUUGGAA